CAAGACAAAUAACAAGAGUAGAUACAGAAACAAUAUACACAAAUAAAUAAGGGAAAAAGAGAAAGAAGUAGAGAUGUCUGAUUGGGGGCCAGUAUUGAUAGCAGUGGUGUUAUUUGUACUAUUGAGUCCAGGUUUAUUAUUUCAAUUGCCUGGUAGACACAAAAUAGUUGAGUUUGGGAAUAUGCAAACUAGUGGACUCUCUGUACUUGUUCACACUGUCCUCUAUUUUGCACUCAUUACUGUCUUCCUUAUUGCUAUUGGAGUUCACAUCCAUACUGGCUAGCCUUUUAUUCAUGCAACUUCUUCUUUAUUUAUUUUUUUAAUUGAUGUACUUGUGUUUCUUUCUUAUAUUUUUGUUACAAUAUUCUAUUUGGAUAUUCGAAUUAAAUCAUGUUUGUUUUGGAA